AUUUUGAAAUCCGUAUAAAGCCAGCGGCACUUACCAUCUUUACUGUUGCGUAGGUAGGAACGCUCCUUCCUCCUUUCUACUGGCAAGCUAACGUCUUGCCGUGUAGUUUCUGAAAGAUGAACGCACCUCCUGCAUUUGAGUCGUUUUUGUUGUUCGAAGGAGAAAAGAAAAUAACUAUUACAAAGGACACAAAAGUUCCCAAUGCUUGUCUUUUCACACUGAAUAAAGAAGAUCAUACACUUGGGAACAUCAUCAGAUCACAACUGCUGAAAGACCCCCAGGUGCUCUUCGCUGGUUAUAAAGUUCCACAUCCUCUGGAGCACAAGAUUGUUAUCCGUGUUCAGACCACUCCCGACUACAGUCCUCAGGAGGCUUUCACCAAUGCCAUCACCGAUCUCAUCAGUGAGCUGUCCCUGCUGGAGGAGAGGUUCAGGGUUUCCAUCAAGGACAAGCAGGAAGGUAUCGAAUGAAGAUUGCCGGCACUCAAUGAAGAAUCCUUAUUAUGAACUUUUUUGUUGAACCUUGAAUGCUCUCACUGAUAAAAGGAAACAGGGUGGACUAAUUGUAACACCCAUGUAUACUUGUAUGACAUAUUCUUGCUUGAAAAAAGUAUGAUGUCUUUGUUUAUUUUCAAGUCAUGGUAAUAAAAAGAUAGUUUCUUAAAAAAUGUACUUGCCAAAUGUUUGCAUAAUGUAGGUAAUAUUUUGUAAAAAUUGUUUUUCUUGUUUCAAUACAUGAAGCUUUUCAUAUCUUUCUAAAUUGUG